AACAACACCGCCGUUAAUGUUUGUCGGCACAGAGCUCUAGUUUGUGUUUGCUGCUGUUAUUGUACAAAACAAUCAGCUGUGUUUAUUUAUCGAACGAAAAGCAUAUAUAAACAUUAAAUUUCUCGCCAUGGGCAACUGGACUUUGGAAAUCUUUAAAAUGGGCAUGUACAUGACAUUUCCCGUAGCGAUGUUUCACAUUUUCAAUCAACCGGCCUACUUCGAAGAAUGGGUGACCAAAAAGAAACGUGAACUUUAUCCACCCGAGAAUUUGGGACAUCGCGAAGCCAUACAACAGGCCAUACGUGAUCAUCGCGAAAAACAAGAUUUGCAAAUAAUGAAAGCACUCGAAGAUAUGGAGAAAAAACAAAAAGUAUGAAAAAUAGUGUAAAGCUAGUCGUAUGCCUUCCAGCAUUCGGCAAAUGUUUGCUUUGUUGCGGGGAAGGAAAUUUAUUAUGUAAGAAUGUGUUGUAAUUUUUAAAAUUCUAUUAAUUUAAUAAUAUUAAAAUAAAUUAUUAUUUUUUUAGAGAAAGAAAAUAAGAAUUAAGCAAAUUUUGGUUGUUAAUUAAUGCGAGAAAUUCGGAAAACAAGCCGAAGGAAAUAGGGUUGCCGAGUUUUUAAUUUUAUUUUUAAGGAAAUUUUAAAGGUAAAUUUUUAAACUUUGAAUAAAUUAGAAAAUUUGAAAGUA